UGCGAAACCUACGACUUGGUUAUGGAUCGGCACGGCUUCUUAGCAUCAUAGCUGGCACACACUCCCGCGGCCUUAAUAGGUUACUAACUAACGGACACACACACACACACACACACAAACGCACGCAGCUCAGUGUUCACCACACAAACCGUUUUCUUUUGGUGCAAUUCAACGCGGCGACCAGUUUGAGGACAUUCAUAUUCCUCAGUCCGCCUUACUCGUCCUGCCCCGCCCAAGCACAUUCCCUCCUUCGCCUGGGCUCUGCAUCCCUUCCAGCCUUCUACUGGAAUUUUUUUAUUCGCUCACGCACACAUCCGGAAAUCUCAAUCCUUCGACGACUUGAUAAAAUUCAUGAAGUUGUUGUUUCGGCGACGCAGUGUCCGACGAUUGCUCCAGUUGACCCUGGCGCUUACGGCCUUUUGGCUGGUGACGAACCGCGUGCAGCAGGCUUCCUCACCAAAACAGCUCUUCCCGCCCCCUACCGCUUGGUCCGGUGCAGCACCCUCUGAAUCAGAAGAUGUAGUCGGGCUGCCACGGUCGGUGCGAAGACUCAAAGCGUCAACGGAUGCGUUCCUCAACGAAUUGCAUCACGACGAUGUUCAAAACACCGUAUUGUUCGUGAGCUACGGCAUAGAUGCCGACACCCACAGUCUGUUCGAAUUGGCGUGUCGCAUGGCCAGCACGCAAGCUAUAUUGGUUAAUUUUGCCAUUAUCGGCGAGCACGAUGUCGCAUCUUUGUUUCUGUUUGAGGCCAACCGCGAGACCGUGGAUGCGUGUCCUGUCCAGUUUGUCUUGAAACCUUCCUGGUAUGGUGAUGGACGGGGAAUUAGCGCGCGACUUCGUAAUCUUCGUGACGACGUCGCGGUGCGAACGACUCGUAUUCUUCUCGAGGCUGAGGUGCAAAAUGCGAUCAUGGAAUCCGUACCGCGUGUCAUUGUUACGUCCCAGUAUGCGUCCCCUGCGACAGUAGAAGCCCUAAAACGUUUCCUCGAUAAGCAGUACUUUGCUCACAUCCCAAUUGACACUCGCAAUGUCCACGACUCGUUAUGGCUUGCUGAGCUAGAUCUGCAUGCACUUGCCGAGUACAGAAUCCCACGGUUCGAGGUUGUUUUGUUUGUGGAGAUGGGUGCGUACAAGCUUCUCGACCGAAUGCUGCGGAUGCUGAGGAGCACGCUGCAUUCGCCUUCUAAUGAUUUGCCGCGUUUGUUCAUGUUCAUUCGCUGCGACGAGCGUCUGCCUCAUCUGACGAAUCUGUACGCCGGCAACGCCUGGCCCCGCGAUCGUCUUUCUGUCCGCUGGUACACACAAAACUCAACACCGAUGCUCGUAGAAGCCUGGAUUCCACCGGACCCAUACACGUACGCAAUUGUCAUCGACUUGCUCGCUACCGACGCUGGUAGCGGUGAUGAACAGGAGAUGCAGAUGUUGUCGCCUGUGUGGAUGGCCUGGCUGCGGUAUGCUGUGCUACACACAUUUUAUCGCGAGCAUUCUCGUCCGUACAAGGCAAAUGUGCUCGCUAUUCUUCCCACAAUGGCAACGCCAAUAAACGACAUGCCGUUCGUCUUGACACAGGAAUUUAAUUCGCGGAUCGCUCUGUUUGCACCGGAUGCUUUUUAUCGUUUGCAACAGUACGUAAUGCUGCGUCUCAGUCAGCCCGACUUUAUCGACAGACUACAGGAACAAGGGCAACAACUAGGUGUACCAGCCGUAACGCCAUCCCAAUUCCCUGCGGGUUCUGUGUUUAACGAGGCACGCCCGUUUAUUCUCGAACUCGAACGUUUGUUAGGAUUCGUAUCCCUGCAACCAGCUCUACUUGAUGAUGACACUGACAAUAACUGGAGAGAUCGCAGUGGCAGUCUUGAAGAGAACAGAGAGAAUGAGCUUUCGGCACACGUUGUCGCUUCAGAAUGGCAGUAUCUUCGCCGGAAUAUGCGUCGACUGCCUGCUCUUCAACUUGAAAAGGCUGAGGAUGCUCCGUUGAUUGUGCCCGUUAACGGGCAACACAGCUGGACGUGGUCCGAGUCACAAAACAGAUCCGCCGAAUUAUUCAAAAGUAUCUCGUCCUGUUUUCAAGAAGGACAACUAUCUGAAUUUCCGAUUGAGUCAAUUUUCUGCGGUGUGGUAGCAUCCCAAUAAGCGCUGGCGCAACAAAAGACCGACACCGGGCACCUUUGGAAAUACUGAAUUAAAUUAGACUGGGUAUGGAACGAGAGCAUAAUUAUUAUGCGGUGCAAUUCGUUCCUGUAACACUCUUUACGACACGAAAUGAAUUGAUGAUGAACAUUGAGAAGAAGAAGAGAAAGUAGGAGAGGAGGGAG